GUGUCUUUGCCAGGGUCAGCCAAAAGCUGUGUGUGUGGUUGUGUGCGUGUGUAUAUGUGUGUGCAAUUUGGGUGAGGGGGAGCACUUCUCAAAGGGUGGAAAAUAUCCACUGCCUCUGACAGCCGCAGCAGCAGCAAUAGUAGCAACUCUGCAAGGAAGGGAGGAGAGGCACAAUGGGUACUAUGGAGUUUCAAAAAGACCUCAGUGCAGUAGCUCUAGAAAUGCUUCUCAUAGUCCAGCCUGAAAAGAGAAAGACCGUGCAGAGGCUGCAGUUAGACAAACAGACGGAGAGCCAUGCUUCACACCAAAGCCAAGGCUUUCUAAGGGAUGGGAACAGAAAAAACAAGCAACAGCAAUAUCAAGAAAAUGACCUUCAAGGCCAUGACGUUCAGAUGCAGCAAAUCAUUACAUCCUGCUCAGAUGAAGGUACUCAAGUAACCGUAGAGGUACAUGCUAGAAAUUCCACCCCACAGUUGUUCAAGAAACUCUCCUUUGGGAAAGGUUUUCAAGAGAAUGGAAAACGCAGACUCCGCCCUCCUGGUUGGAAAGACCAGCAUGUUUACCCAUGGGACAAGUCCUGCUUGAAAUCCAUGCCUUUAGACCUGAAGCAAUUUGAGAAAUUGGAUGCAUAUGCAACAAAGGUGACUGCCAAGGGUAGUGUGGAGGAUCUGGUAAAAACCUUGCUCCGUGUUGCACAUACUGACCUCGAAAAAGUCAGGGCUAUCUGGACAUGGAUAUGCCACCACAUAGGAUAUGAUGUUGUGGGCUUCUAUAACAAAGAUCAGCUGUCUUUCAAGCCCAAGGAUGUCAUUCAGAAUGGAAAGAGCAUUUGUGAGGGAUAUGCUGGCCUCUUUGAACACAUGUGCAGCAUUGCAGGAGUGCAGUGUGUGAACUUAUCUGGCCAUUCUAAAGGUCAUGGCUACAGGACUGGGCAGACCUUUACAGGAGAAUAUGACCAUGCCUGGAAUGCUGUUUACCUUGAUGGAAGGUGGCAUUUGAUGGACAGCACCUGGGGGAGUGGCUCUAUAGAUGACUGCUUCAGCAAGUUCACCUUCAGAUACAAUGAAUUUUAUUUCCUUACCCACCCUGCCCUAUUUGUUAAUAAUCAUUUCCCAGACAACAGCAACUGGCAGCUACUCAAACCAACUGUGACACUGAAACAGUUUGAGAGCAACAUGUUAUACAAGAGUGACUUUUACAAGAUGGGAUUGUUGGCAGCCCACCCAGAAACACCAAUUAUUCAAACAGUAAAUGGGAAAGUAGCAAUAGCAGUGGAGAGCCGCUCACCGAUGCUGUUUAUGUUCGAGUUGAAAGGGGCAAAGGAAUAUAGCUUGAUGACUCUGAAGAAGAGUGGUAUGAAUCUGGAGCUCUAUCCACAGAAGAUAGGGAGCCAUAAAUUACAGAUCUAUGCCAAGUCGUCCAAAGGCUCGGAGGAACUCUACAGCUGUGUCCUAGAAUACAUUGUAGAAUGCAACUCCAUAGACAGGAAUGUUUGCUUUCCAAAUGAACUCCAUCAACCUGUUGGAUACAGUUGGUUCACCGAAAGGCAGGGGUUCCUCAAGCCUUCACACCGAGGCCCAACUAUUAACACCAAUGAUGGGCGCUGUGACCUCAGCUUCAUCCUUAGUAAAGACUUGAAUGUUUUAGCCUCAUUGCAUUCUGACAACAAAAGCCUCACAGAGGACACAAACAGACGACAUAUCUUGCAAGUCUGCCAAGGAAACAAGGUUGAUUUUAAGAUUCAUCUCCCCCAUGCAGGGAAUUUUGCUCUUAAAAUUUUUGCAAAGAAAAAGUCAGAUCCCGGCAAUUAUAACUACAUCUUCAACUACCUCAUUUCCUGCCCAAAUGCUGAUGUCAAAUGGCCAGUGUUUCCCCAGACUUACAGCAAGUGGGCAGAAGGCUUUGAACUCGUGGAGCCGCUAACUGGACUUCUGACAGCCAACCACAGUAUCAAGUUCAAACUCAAGCUUCAUAGCAUUGCCAAGGCUUUUGUUCAAUGUGAAAAAACUUGCCCCCUCUCUCUAAGUAAGGAAGGUUACUGGGAGGGAUUAUGCAGCACUUCUGGGUGCACAGAGGUAUUUGUGAUGGUGCUGGAAAAUGCCAACCACAAGUUUUACUCUCACAUCUUGAAAUAUGAAGUGGUGCCCCAAUAAGAGGCCAUCCCGAUCAGCCCACUGAGCAGCGAUUUCGGACUUACCAAGAAUCCAUACCCUUCUUCAGAAAUUGCGAGGCAUUGCUAGUGCUGGUGAAGCAACAGCAAAAUAAUAUAAUAGGUCACCAGAGAGUUUUGAUCUUCUGUUGGUAAGUUUGUAGGAAAUGUAUAUUUCUCAUCCUUGAGAACUCAGAAAAGGCUUUCCAGAUAGAGAAUUUCAAUAUAGUGUUCAGCGUUCUAUGAUGAUACUGUAUUACAGAGGCAGUUCUCCCCUACACCACCACGAGACAUAAAUACUGGUUUAUGAAUGGGACUGUACAACAGAUACAUUAUUGUGAAUAAGAUGGUGGAAUUUUACAACUUAUUUUAGGCUUAGGAUAGAGGAGGAACAUAAACUUUGUGACAUCUGUGAGUGGCUAUAGAGUCCAAACAAGACAUGCUCUUACAAGAUGAUCCAUCAUCUAAGCGAAGGUUUUCUGGUGCACUUCAUUGUCUUACAAAUAUAAAUGACACUGCGAAAUAAACAUGUUUUUACACCAUUUCUUAA